AUGGAUAUGAAUCAUAAAUGUCUGAAAGCCGACGCGAGUAAUAAUGGUGGGAGCAGUUUUGAGUCCCCAAAUGUCGUCACGAUUGAGAGUGAUGUCGAUGACGAGUCACAAGGAUUGUUGGCUGCCGAAGAUGGUAACUUGUCGAAAAAUUCCGGAAAACCUAAGAGGAAAGUUCAGUGGUUAGAUAGCAGUGGAGACAAACUCGAGCAAGUCAUGGAGUUUCAACCGAGUGAUGUUAGCGACUCAGAGGAGGACGAUUCAGAUUCUUGCAUCUGCAGAAUAAUGUAG